AUGGCACCAAACAGUCAACAGGUUCAUGACAUACAAGCUGAUACAAAUGUGGAUGUGCUUUAUAACGCAGCAGCCGUUCACUCUAGACUGCAGCAAUGGGACAAAGCCAGGGACAUUUUGCGGGCGGCCUCGCAGGAGAGAGGAGCAGGCCGGAGCAACCUGAUAGACACGGCCCUAGAGGCUAUUUCUAGGAAGGAUGUUUUGGAGCCUCUUCUGCUUCCAGAGGGUGAAGUGUUUCGUCCCAGGAAACAGGAGGUAGACCAGCUGAAACCGAGGGACUUCUUGGGCGAAAAGCCUCAGGUCAUCACUUCCAUGAUUCCAAAUGAUGACUUCAGAGGUUUCGACCCUCUCAGACCACAGAAACCGGGCUACUAUGAGCCAAAGGUAGAAGAUGGCCAAGACUCUCGUUACAUGAUAACGAAGAGUGCGUAUGUGGCUAAAGGAGCAGGGGAGCUGACGGUGCCCGCUGGAGCAGAAGUGUUUGUGUAUAGCGAUGACGACAGAGAUGGACUGGCAGUGAUUAUUUAUGAUGGAAAGAGAGGCCUGGUUCCCAAUUUCCUGCUUGAACCGAUGGGCAAGAAAAACAAGGGUAAAAACAAGCGAAUUGAACUCGCCAAUGGAAUCCCACAUCCACCAGCCUUAAAACCCCCCAAUCGACCCCAACUUCCAUCUCAACGGUCAUUAGAGCUGCACCCCUCCAGUGCUGGAGCUUCCCACACAACUCCUCCAACAACCAGCAGCUCCACCUGCAUCCCUCCACAGCAGACCCAAAUUUCAUCCCAGGAGUCUGGAUCAGUAGUAGUCAAGGUGCACUACACUUACACCAUGGCUCUCCAAGUCCCUGCAGAAACUCCUUUCCGGGAUCUGCAAGAGAAAAUCGCUCAGAAAUUAGGACAGCCUGCAAUGAACAUUCGCCUCAGACACAGAAGGCCUGGCACCAAAGUACUAACACCCCUAAAUGGUGAUGAUGGACUAGAUUGCCUGGAGGGCGUUGCUGAAUCAGGACGUGCCCAAAUCUGGUGUCAGAAUGAGGACCCUCUGGCCAACAGGACCAUUCUCUAUCAGAUGGUGGCACUGUAUGAUUACAAUGCGCAAGGCCCAGAGGAUUUGGAAUUCAGUGAAGGCGACACAAUUGACAUUCUCAGUGAAGUGAACGAGGAGUGGUUAGAAGGGCAUGUUGCUGGACAUAUCGGCAUCUUCCCUCAAAGUUUUGCUCAUCGUGACACAGACAGCGUCAGUAGGGCAUCAACAGACUGACACAGCCUUGAAACAUGUGACUAUACAGUAUGAGCGUUCAGUGAACUUUCUUAUACGGUAUGAGACGUCCAUCUGUUGAAAGUAAUGAUCGUAUUUAUCAUACGUUUUCAUUUUUAUUUUUUAAUGCCAAAACGUACCUACAUUGUAUUUACAGUAACAAAACGCUGGGUACCACACAAUUUCUUUGUCGUUCCAACACAAAUCAAUUAGGUUAACUUAAUUGUUUUUACUUUAAAUGUAUUGAACAUAAAACAAUUAAGUUGUCUUUAAAAAAACACUUAAGAUACAGUUGAAGUCAGAAUUAAUAGCCCCUUUUGAAUUUUUUUCUUUUUUAAAUAUUUCCCAAAUGAUGUUUAACAGAGCAAGGAAAUUUUCACAGUAUGUCUGAUAAUAUUUUUUCUUAUGGAGAAAGUCUUACUUGUUUUAUUAUGCCUAGAAUAAAAGCAGUUUUUAAUUUUUAACACCAUUUUAAGGUCAAUAUAUUUUUUCGUUAGUCUACAGAACAAACCAUCGUUAUACAAUAACUUGCCUAAUUACCCUAACCUGCCUAGUUAACCUAAUUAAUCUAGUUAAGCCUUUAAAUGUCACUUUAAGCUGGAUAGAAGUGUCUUGAAAAAUAUCUAGUCAAAUAUUAUUUAUUGUUAUCAUGGCAAAUAUAAAUAAAUCAGUUAUUAGAAAUGAGUUAUUAAAACUAUUAUCUUUAGAAAUGUGUUGAAAAAAUCUUCUCUCCAUUAAAAAUAAAUUUCUCCAAAAAAAAAUAAACAGGGGGGCUAAUAAUUCAGGGGGGCUAAUAAUUCUGACUUCAACUGUAUUUGUUGAUUUAACUCAUAUUAAAUUAGUAGUUUUAACAAGCACCAAAACAUAUUUUUGAGUGUUGAACAUGAUCACAAUAACUUCAAAACAUCAGUUUUGAUAAAUGAUAUAACAUGAAUUCUUCAAUCUCCAUAUAUUUUUCUUCUGUUCAGGUGAGUUUUCCAAUUUAAAUGUUCCUUGAUUUAUUUUUCCUUUUGCUUAGUGAGAUUGCCCAUCUCUUUAAGUGCUUCUAACAGAAAAAUAAUAUCAUUCGGGACUUUAAGCUCUCUAUAAUAUAUUACAUACAUUAAAAUGCUACAGGAACACCUACUGGAUUUCUGUGUACACAGGAUGCCAAAUGGGAACUCUUGGCUCUCUUUACAGAGUGAGCUCAUUUAAUAUUAAUAGAAAAGAGAGCGAGUUUCAGAUACUUUUUGAGAUCACAAAAGAGUGUGGCUGAAGGCCAAAUCCCGAGUUUUAAAUAGCGCUUUAUGGAACACCGGCUCUAGUUUACAUCAUUACCACCCACCUCUUCUUAACCUGCAGCUGACACGUUAUCUAUCAUAUACAAACUGAGCAGCAGAACGAGAAGAUUUAACUUGCAUCACAGCAAUACAGUACACACCGCUGGCAGAUUUUAUUUCAGACUUGGUCAGAUGUCAUAAAAUGGCUUUUAAAUCAACCCUGUCCUGUAAUGGGAGCUGAAUACACCUCAGCGAGGUAUAUCCGUAAUGCAGUGUUUAAUGGCGUGUGUGCUCUGUCAGACUGGGCACUGGGGCAUGGCACUGCAGCACGCCAUCUCUCUGCUCUUUUAUAUUGCUGUAAUUAUGGGGUUGGCAGAGCCCAGCGUGACGCACAUUUCCCUCAAUUCCCAUUAAACAUCCCGCUAUUAAUCAAAGCCGUACUGCAUUCUGACCCAACGUUUACAGAACAGUUCUUCCCCUCCUACCGUCUGUCCCUGAUUCGUGCUUGUUGUAGAGUGAAAUUUUGUGUUGUGUUGUAAACAGUGUUGUAUAUGUGUCAAGAAGUUAUAUUGUUUAACAUGUUUCAGUGCGAAGACAACCCUCUGUCAGUUUUUUUUUUAUUGGGGGUGUAAGUGAAUUGUAUUAUGGUCUAGCGCAGCCAACGGUGGCGAUUUAAUGGCUUUGACAGCACAACCAGUCAUAAAUGUUACGUGUUUAUUCAGUUCAUCACCUGCUCGGCUCUCAAAAGAUUAUGUGACGCUCUUUAUCCAGACAGUAGAGCAUAAACUGGUCAACUACUGCAGGUGAUGCAGGGGAAAAUCUGAAGUUUGUUUUAAAGGGUUAGUUCACUUGAAAAUUAAAGUCUUCUCAUCAUUUACUCACUCAUUUAGUCUUCAGAACACAAAGAUAUUUUGAUGCGUUUAAAGAUGAACAUGAACCUUUUUAUUUCCCACUGUCAUCUGAGGUUUACAUAAUGUUGUUAAGAUUUUUACAUUAAAAAAUCAUCACAUAUCAGUUUUGUUCUGCCUGUUUUAACUCUCCAGUUUGAAUUUUUAAUACUGUUUCUAAGUAUAAAGUACAGCUGUGUGUAAAAUUCUACUUCUGUGUUUGGAUGCUGCUGUAAUUUAGGUCAAAAACACUUAAAUACUCCGUACAUAUAAAACAAUAUGGAAUAACAGACAAAGCAAUAGCCAUCGCAUAUAAUAAUUAUAAUAAUAAUGUUUAAUGGGUUGUGACUAGAAGGGCUGCUGCGUAUAUGCCGGAAUAGUUGGUGGAUCAUCUCCCCGUGGCAACCUUUGAAAUAAAGACUAAGCUGAAGGACAGUGAAUGAUUGAAUGAAUAUUAAUAAUAAUGUUUCCCAGUACUGGGUUGCGACUGGAAGGGCAUCAAGUAAAACAUAUGCCGGAAUAGUUGGUGGUUCAUUCUGCUGUGGCGACCCCUGAUUAAUAAAGCGACUAAGCUGCAAAGAAAAUUAAUGAAUGAAUGUAGUAAUAAUAAUAAUAAAAAUAAAAAUAUUCAGAUAUUGUGUAAAUAGAGAAUGAAAUUUUAUCUGACAUGGCCUGGAACUUCAUUAAAAAUAAUGUUCAUCCACUUUCUUAAUGUUGGGAUCUAAAGGAAAGCAAUGCACAGAUAUAUUAUAGACAGUUUGGCACUGCACCAUGUCCUGUUGUCUUCGAAGCCAUGUUUAUCCUUUGGUUUUUGCAUAGAUCUGUGUUUACCUCUCAUUUCUUUCUGCUGCAUGCUUGACUAGGUGGGUGGAGCUUAAAAUGCAGUAUCAAGCAGGCUCUGAUCUGUUAUGCGGAGGCUGGGUUUAGACACACUAGCCUAUACCGUAAUAGAGUUGUUUCGGCCGAUUGUCCUCAAUUUAAACAGUUUUUAAAAAACAACAAGAAUGUGUUUGUUCUUAAAUCGUUCUAAAAUGCCUCUUUUUGAUAACAAAAACAUAACUAAUUGCUGAAACAUAAUUCUACUUCAGACAUUUCUUUCAAACUUUGAAAAACGUAAUUUUUUUCACGUAAUUAGAGCUGUAGAGCUUAACUUUUUGAUCUUAGGUGAAAAAUCGAAUUUAUUAUUCC